AGACACCUGUUAUGUGAGAUAGUUUAGCGAGUUGUCAGACGACCAGCACUGGUUAAAAAAAAAAUAAAAAAAAGAAGAGUAUGUCAGUGCCUUUUCGUUAGGUAACCAGUUGACCACGGAUCGUUCUGUGUCUGUGCCCAAUUUUGUUCUCGUCACAUAGAUCAAUGGCGGGCAAUCCAGUAGCGUACCUCACUCGUAGGGAAAUAUUCAGCGCUUGUCACAGAUUACACAGUCCACAACUUACAGAUGAAGAAAACCGUGUAACAUACGGGAAAUGCAAUAACUUUCACGGGCAUGGGCACAAUUAUGUCGUUGAAGUAACACUCAGGGGUCCUGUUGCUGCAGACACAGGCAUGGUAAUGAACAUCAGUGAUCUCAAGAAGUACAUGAAUGAAGCUAUCAUGGAUGUAAUGGAUCAUAAGAAUCUUGAUAAAGAUGUUCCUUAUUUUAAAGACAUCGUCAGUACAACAGAAAAUGUUGCUAUAUUUAUAUGGAAUAACUUAAAAUCCCUGCUACCUAACCCAGAAAUACUGUAUGAAGUAAAAAUCCAUGAAACUGAAAAAAAUAUUGUUAUGUACAGAGGUGAAUUUGCAUGAAAAUUAUCUCAAAGUAAUACAGUCUUAACUGUAUUGACUGACUGUUAAGUUUCCUGGUGAUAAAGAUGUUCGCUGUCAUCUAUUAUCGCAGUUGAGAUUGAUUCUUACAAUCCAUAUGGUAUAUUUAAAAAAAAAAACAUUGGUGUUUUGAUGACAAUGAUUGACUUUUGAGGCAUUCAUACUGUUGAGAUAAGAGCCCAUUUAUUUUAUUGUAAUGUUAAUAUGACUGUUGUAAUGCAUCCUCAAACAUUUUUGCAACAUUGUCAUUUAUUGUAAUGGCUUACAAAAUGAAAGCAUAGAAUGUGUUUUGUAAUGUUUGGACCUUUUUUUUAUAUAUUAAGUACCAGCAUCAUGAAAGGAGUUGUCUUUAUAUUUGAUAAUAAAUAAAUAAUAUGUGUGUGUGUG